CCUAUGACGACCGCUACGAAGAUAAUAAACUUGAAUGUCGGCGGACGGAUAUUUACCACUCUAAUCUCCACCCUAACCAGCCAAUCUACCUUUUUUACCGCAUUGCUUUUAGAUCGGUGGGAGAGUGAGGACUGUCUAGUGGACGGCAACCUUUUCGUGGAUGCCAAUCCGGAUCUGUUUCAACACAUCCUUGACUAUCUACGGCGCUCGAUUCCCCCAGUAUUCUGGACUCGUGUCAAUGGUUUUGAUUUUGCAUUAUAUGCGGCUCUGCUGCAAGAGGCUCGAUAUUUUGGCAUUGCAGCCCUCGAAAAAUGGAUUGCGGAACAGCACUAUCUUAGAGCCAUUACCAUUCACCAAUCGAUCCAAGUG